AGUACUCAUUGCGUGUUGGACAAAAUUUGCGGCCUUUAAACCGCAAUAACUUUUCUGUUUCAAAUCCAAUCGAGUUACAGUCUUCGGGUGAAAUAUUUGUCUCAAUUUAGGCUUUAAGAAAAUCAACCAUAAAAAACAAUCAGCUGGUGAUGAAAAAAGUUAUUGAUGAAAAACCAGUAUUUUCGUUCCUUCCGGGCAAAAUACCUCAAAAUUUUAUUCACGUUUGAGACUUAAGCAACCCCUUCCUAUGGUCAGAUCUUCCUGAAACUUGGCAUGUGACCUUCUGGUAAGCUAAUAAAUAAUUUUGAUUUGGAGCGAGUGAGAUUUAUUAUGUUUCAUUCUUCCUAUACUAUGAUAAGUGUACUGCGGUUCGUUAAAUUAUUAAAAACUCCAAAAAUUUCAGUUAUGGUAAAGUAGCCAUAACUUCUUCAAUUUUCAACCGAUUUUGAUAAAUAACCACUUGAAAUCUUUGUUUUAAAUUUACAUUCAAUCGCAAAAGAAAAACAGAUUUUUUAAAUGCUACCAUUGAGUCUAAAGCUUUCGUUGAAACAAAAUUUUCUCUAAAAAAAUGCGUUUUUUAUAAUUUUUUUUCUCAUAAAGACACUAAUAUCAGCAAUACUGUUGGUCAAACGCAAAAACAGUGUUCAGAUGAUCGAUAGAAAACUUAUUCACCUUCAAUAUGCAAAAGAGGGAUUUCAAAUUACUGUUAUGCCGUCCGAGAUAUUUUAAUCUAAGUACAAGAACUUUUUUAAUUUUUUCGAAAUUUCAUACUUGGAGCAUAACUCAAAAACGGUUCUACUGAGAUUUUUUUGAAUUUCAUUUUCGGAUUCAGCGCCCGAUUUUACAUUAAAAAUGUUGGUCAGUUAAUCAAGUUCACGAUUUUUUUAAAAUUUUGUAAACUAGUGUAAUUAGUAGUUCAAUUCAAGUGAUAAAAAAGUUCAGAACACGAAAUCUAAAAUGGGUCAACACAGUGCUAAUGUUUGCUUCAAAGCUCUGCUCCUUUUCGGCUGCGUAGCUUUCAAUGGCUUGGCGCUUCCCCUGCCAAACGAUAAAUCGGCGCCAUCCAUCUUUGGCGGCCUGAGUGAGUUGCCGAUGGUCGCUGCUGAUGGCGUCAAAAAAGUGAUCUCCUCUGCCGUUGAAUCGGCUUCGGGAUUUGCCGAAUCGGCCAAAGCAGCUUUCCAAGGGCAGGGUGAUAAAACAGCCGACUCGGUUACAGAAGCUGUUGAAUCUGGAAAGCAGGCAAUCACUGAAGCUGUGGAUAAAGCUAAAGAGCAAGGUGAUGCCCUGGCCAAGGCUGUUACUGAUGCCGCCGACUCUGCCAAAUCAAUCGCUGAUUCCGUUGGAAAAGUUCAAGGACAAGUGUCAGAUCAAAUUAACUCUGCAAAAGAUGCCAUUGGUGAGGCGCUCAAAAAAGUCCCAGGCGUAUCGAACAUACAGGAAACAUUCGGGAAAGUUAACGGCAUUCUUAGCGAUAUUCAAAACCAAGAAACUGAUCGCAUUCAAGAUGAUCACCUGAGCGGCGAAGUCAGGAAUGCAAUACAGGAACAGCUGAAAUCACCGAUAUCGGAUGCUGUGGGCUCGGUUGGAUUUUUCUCGAAGAUCCAAGAAUGCUUCAAAACGUUGCCGGAAGACGUGAAGAAAGCCGUUGAUGCCGUUAAGGAAACGUACGAGGGAUGCCGCAAGGAGAACCAGAGUGACCUCGCCGGUUGUUUGAAUCCUGCAGUCGACACGUUGAAGAAGGAGUUGGAACCGCUCCAAACCAAUAUCAAAACGUGUAUUGAUAAGAACAAUACCACCGAGCAAUGAAAAACUAAAUUUAAAAAAAAUAUUCCAGCUAUAAAUAUGUUGCUUUGACAAACGGAUGAUGGAUAUGUAUAAAAUGUUAUAAGCUCCAAAUGAAUCCAACAGAAAUAAAUAGAAUGCUGUUUACCAAUAAAAGUGACACUACUAAAACCGCUAAAA